CCUUUCCUUUGUGUUUUCCUUCAUGAUCUUAUAUUCUCCCCACCCAUCUGGGCCCAAAAUCUCUUAUGCUUUGGAGAGGCACUUCUCAUUCCAUUUCUUUCUCUUUCUUCUUUCAUUUUUUUUUUUCUUCUUCCAAAAAGAAAACCUACCAUUGGAUAAUAAUGCGUUGAGACGGAUUGGCUAAAACGGCAUGGAAAGGAAUGGUUUGUACACGAUGGGAGUGACCUGACUGCGUUCUUUUCAAUCUGAUUGGUCUCAUCCACUACUGAACACUAUACGAGAUACCUAACAAGUAAUAAGAAUUCAAACAAUUGCA